AGUUUCCUUUCCAAAUUAAACCUUGUGUCUGAGCUGGAAAAUUCUUGGGUGCAGGAGAAGGCGAGAGCUCUGACUGCUGUCACAGAGGGGCUGCUGCAGAGUAAUGUCUCCUGCCCCAUCCCAGUCCAAGAUGUGCUUCUAUCUCAGCUUUUGAGCCUGCUGAUUCCUGCCAUGCUGAAUGAAACAGUGCUGGACUCCCUAAAUUUCUCUGGCAGCUCAGCAGAGUGGCAUAGGCUGCCUGUGUUUUCCCAUCUGUUACCUGCUGCUUCCAUGAGGAACAGCAGCAGGUAUGAACUGCUCCGGGUGGGCAGAGAUGCCUCCAUGCAGUCCGAGUGGGGACAUUUCUCGCGGCUGUGGCGCGCCACUGGCAACGUGCUGACCUCCAAAUGGAACCUGACAGAAGUGGGUGAAUAUGUGAAACUCCUGGAAGUUAUGAAGAAAGCUCUAAUCCUUGUGGACUUUGGGGUAGCUCCUGGAAGAACAUUUGUACAUCAGAUCUUUCAUAAUUCCAGUGAAGGAAUGAAAUCCUCAGAUCUGAAUGAUAUGUAUGGUUCAUCAAAACUCUUUUUCAAUUCAACUUCUUCCAUGGACAGCAUGCUGGACUUUGAGAGAAUAUUUCAAGAAAUACUUCCUCUGUAUGAAGAUGGUGGUGAAGAAUUCUUCUACUCUAAUCCCUAUGGAAAAGAAAAUCAGGAUGUUUUGACUAUGGCUGCAGUGAUUUGGAAUGAGAUAAUUUCAAACAGGACUCAUUUUAAUACAGAGGAUGCAUGGGAGGUUAUCAAAAUGAUUGUGCUUGAUCCAAUCUUGCUUGAAGACAUUGCAGAUUAUCUCAGCAUAGAUGAAAAAGUGUCAUCAUUAUUUUCUGACUUCUUGUUGGCCCCUGGAACGUCUGAAAAUUUUGCAGAACACCUCUUGUCCCUUGGGGAACUUCUUAGUGUCAUGGCAGAGGUGAAUACCAGUGAUCAUUAUCUGCUGAUCUCUUCUUUGUCUAAGGUAAUGCAGAAACUCCUGGAUUUCCCUCAUGUAAGGCAGAGAAAUGAACUGCGGGCUCUCUGGCGUAUUGCUGAAGGUCUCCAGUCUGUCAACUGGAAUAGUACAGACAGUCUCACUCCCCAGUCUCUUCUAGAUAUGCUGCAAAAUCAGUUCAAUACCAUGGAAAAGUACUCCAGUCUUCCCUUUGAUGAGGAACUGAAGCAGCUGCUAAACUUUGCAUCUACCAUGCUUGAGCUGUAUGGGGAAGAGCACUCCAGAGGAACCAACAUCUCCAUGUACUUGCAGGCCAUACAAAGGAGUGUCUCAAUUUUAAAAGGUUUGCAGAAAAGGUAUAAUAUCAGUGAGCUUGAAAUUAUCACCCUGUUAUUUGAUACUUACAGUAACUAUACCCAGAGACUGAUUGAAAUAUGGAGAGCAGGGAUGAAAGUUCUGCAUGACACCAACUCAAACAAAACAUUUGCAGAAAAAAUGGACAUUGUCUAUGAUUUCUCACACUUACUGCUGCAGCAGUUCAGCCAGUCUUCCUUACAGCCCAAUGCUUCUCUGGAGGCAAAAAUUUGGGAGUUCUUGCAUUCAGCCUUGAGUCCUUUCCUUGAGAACAGCAACAAUGGUGAUGGGACCCUCCAGAAUUGCUCUUUUGAAAACGUGCUCCACAUAGCACUUGAGAUGCUGUUUGAAAAUGUCACUCUAAAGGAGUCCUUAGCCAGGAGCCCCUGCAAGGCCCUCUUUGAUUCCAUGGGCAUGGAGGGUGGAACAGUGCACAAUGACAGCUUUGCCAAAGUGUUCCAGCUUGCCAUAAGAAACCUGAAAGUGUCUCCAGAGUUCGCUGCUCUCUACAAGAACAGCAGCGAACGCUUCUCCAAGGAGCUGUCGUGCAUCACCCAAUCUCUGCAUUUUUCCCUGAGU